UGACUUAUCUGCACGACUCGGCGUUGGGAUCCCACGGGAACCUAACCUCCAGUAAUUGUUUGGUAGACCGACGGUUUGUGCUACAGAUAUCCGACUAUGGACUUCACACUUUGAAAAGUGGUUGCAUAGAAACUGAAGACGCCCUUCGCAUGGAGCAAAGAAUGUUGUGGCGAGCACCAGAGCUGCUGCGAGACCCAAACCCACCGCCUCAGGGGACGCAGAAGGGAGAUGUGUACUCCUUCGGUAUCAUCUUGUACGAGAUUAUCGGGAGAAACGGUCCUUGGGGAGACACAAACUUGACAAAUGCGGAGAUCAUCGGGCGCGUCCGACACCCCAUAGGCGGUGUUUUGUACCGUCCAUCACUAGCCGGUGUGACCGCGAGGGCGUCUGUCAUAGCCGUGCUCAAGGCCUGUUGGAGUGAGAGACCAGACCGCAGACCUGACGUUCGACUUGUCAGACUACGCCUCAAGGAUAUGCAUGCGGACAUGAAAACGAACAUAUUCGACAACAUGCUGUCAAUGAUGGAGAAAUACGCAGCGAAUUUGGAAUCUUUGGUGGCCGUGAGGACCGACGAAUUGUACAAGGAAAAGAAAAGGACGGAUGACUUGCUAAACAGAAUGUUGCCAAGGACUGUGGCUGACGCUCUGAAGCGAGGAGAGCCAGUCCAGGCGGAGAGUUACGAGAGCGUCACCGUAUACUUCAGCGACAUCGUGGGAUUCACCAAGCUGGCUGCCACCAACUCUCCGAUACAAGUGGUGGAGAUACUCAACGAACUCUACACCAAAUGCGACUCAAUUAUAUCGUAUUACAACGUUUACAAAGUGGAAACCAUCGGUGACGCGUACAUGGUAGUUGGUGGUCUUCCUGAGAGAUGCUCGAGACACGCAGCUGAGGUGGCUUCGUUGGCACUUCAUAUGCUGGAUGCUAUCCCCAGCAUUACCAUCAACAGUAUACCAGCGGCCAAGCUUCGUAUACGUAUAGGAGUGAACAGCGGGCAAUGUGCCGCCGGUGUUGUGGGCACGAAGAUGCCAAGAUACUGCCUGUUCGGAGACACGGUGAACAUUGCGGCCCGGCUGGAGUCCACGGGAGAACCGCAGAGGAUCCACAUCAGCAACACCACUUACCAGCUGCUGAAGAAGAUUGGUGGAUACCACUUUAAAGAAAGAGGCAAUGUAUACAUUAAGGGUAAAGGAGAAAUGAAAACGUGGUGGCUGGAGGGAGAAGAUCAUGAACGCAGGCGUCAUCCUCUGUUCCGGCAUCAACUGGUUAUGGAGAACAGAAGUCCCCAAAGCGAUGUAUACGAAGAACCUCUCUGGAAUCAGCGUUCCAUGCUUAACAUUCGCGACAGGGCCAGACUCUCCUGUGGGGGCUCACUGGGACCUGGUUCCGCCCUGUCUUCUCCCGGCCCUCCAGCAUGCUCCUGUUUCGUGCCUCAAAGAGACCACCACUCAGCCCCAGUUGUCUCCUUCUGCGAAUGACGCUAAUAUACCAAAGAUAUUAAGCAGUCAUUUGAAAGCAUCGGUGGCAUGUUCGUUGAUACCUUUGGACGGAUUUGUGGCUUAAGUAGAUUUAGUUUGGGACAGAA